AUGCCGCUCUUUGGGAACACCUUCAGCCCCAAGAAGACUCCCCCCAGGAAAUGUGCCUCUCUCUCCAACCUGCACCUGCUGGAUAGAUCCACCCGUGAAAUUGAGCUGGGCCUGGAGUAUGGCAGCCCCACCAUGAACCUUGCUGGCCAGAACAUGAGGUUUGAGAAUGGCCAGUGGGUGUCAGAAUCAGGAAUCUUCACGGGGGAUCGCAGGGAAUUGCAGCGCCUGCGCAGACGAAACCAGCAGCUAGAGGAAGAAAACAACCUCCUUCGGCUGAAAGUGGAUAUACUGCUGGACAUGCUCUCCGAGACCACGGCCGAGUCCCACCUGAUGGAGAAGGAGCUGCAGGAACUGAAGCUCCACAGUCGCAGGAGGAAGUGA